CCGGACGCCUUUGCCGAUGGCCCCUGCCGCCCGGCCGGAAGUGCGUCGUUGGUUGUCGUCGGUUCCGGGCGGGAGCACAGCGAGAGAGCAAAGGACGGGACGGGGCCUUCUCUGGCGAGCCGGUGCGUUCCCUCGGCCCCUUUCGUGGCACGGACGUCGCUGGGGCCUCCAGUACUUCCCGCCCACCCCCGCGGCGGGGCCCGGUGGCCGGAACGUUUGCGCGCGCGGGGCCCGGUUUCCGCGAGGAGCGACCUCCGGGUGACACCCUCCUUCUCCCUCCCCCCCACCGACCAACCACUACUUUCCCUGCUCGCUUCCUUCCCGGUAACGGACUCGGCGGAGGCGCCGCCCGGCGAUGGCUCCGGAGGCCUGAGGAGAAGGAAGAGGCGGCGGCGGGAUGGAUCCUGGCGGCGGGGGUGGCGGCGGCGGCGGCGGCUGCCCCGGCCCUGGCGGCGGCGGCGGCGGGAAGCCGAGCCUGCAAGUGGUCUACCAGGCCGUGCAGGCGCUCUACCACGACCCGGACCCCAGCGGCAAAGAGCGCGCCAGCCUCUGGCUCGGGGAGCUCCAGAGAUCGGUUCACGCCUGGGAGAUAUCGGAUCAGUUGCUGCAGAUCCGGCAGGACGUGGAAUCGUGCUAUUUUGCAGCUCAAACCAUGAAGAUGAAAAUCCAGACCUCGUUCUACGAGCUCCCGACAGACUCGCACGUCUCACUGCGGGACUCGUUGCUUUCCCACAUCCAGAACUUGAAAGACAUGUCCCCUGUCAUUGUCACCCAGCUUGCAUUAGCCAUCGCAGACCUCGCCCUACAGAUGGCCUCCUGGAAGGGCUGUGUACACACACUGGUUGAGAAGUACAAUAACGACGUGAUGUCGCUCCCCUUCUUACUGGAAAUCCUGACGGUGCUGCCGGAGGAGGUCCACAGCCGGUCCUUGCGCAUUGGAGCCAACCGCCGGACGGAGAUCAUCGAAGACUUAGCUUACUAUUCCAGUACGGUGGUCUCUCUGCUGAUGACGUGUGUGGAGAAGGCAGGCAAUGACGAGAAGAUGCUCAUUAAGAUCUUCCGCUGUCUGGGAAGCUGGUUCAACCUGGGGGUCCUCGACAGCACCUUCAUGGCCAACAGCAAGUUAUUGUCGCUGCUCUUUGAGGUUCUGCAACAGGACAAGACAUCGACGAACCUGCACGAAGCAGCGUCGGACUGUGUCUGUUCUGCACUCUACGCCAUUGAGAACGUGGAGACCAACCUGCCUUUGGCGCUGCAGCUCUUCCAGGGGGUCCUGACGCUGGAGGCGGCCUACCACAUGGCCGUGGCCCGCGAGGAUUUGGACAAGGUUCUCAAUUACUGCCGGAUCUUCACCGAACUCUGUGAGACAUUUCUGGAUAGAAUCGUUUGUACUCCAGGACAUGGCCUGGGGGAUCUGCGGACAAUAGAGCUGCUCUUGAUCUGCGCAGGCCACCCGCAGUAUGAGGUGGUGGAAAUUUCCUUCAACUUCUGGUACCGACUGGGAGAGCACCUUUAUAAGACAGAAGAUGUCGUUAUCCACAGCAUCUUUAAAGCCUACAUUCAGAGGCUCCUUCACGCAUUGGCUCGGCACUGUCAGCUGGAUCCAGACCACGAAGGAAUCCCUGAGGAGACAGACGACUUCGGAGAGUUCCGGAUGAGGGUGUCAGACCUUGUGAAGGACUUGAUCUUCCUGGUUGGCUCUGUGGAAUGUUUUGCCCAGCUUUACGCUACCUUGAAAGAGGGCAACCCUCCCUGGGAGGUGACAGAAGCCGUCCUCUUCAUCAUGGCCGCGAUAGCCAAAAGCGUUGAUCAGGAGAACAAUCCAACACUGGUGGAGGUGCUGGACGGGGUGGUGCGCCUGCCUGAAUCGGUGCACACGGCUGUCCGAUACACGAGCAUUGAGCUGGUUGGCGAAAUGAGCGAAGUCGUGGACAGGAAUCCCCAUUUCCUUGAUCCCGUGCUCGGCUAUUUGAUGAAGGGUCUGUGUGAGAAGUCACUGGCCUCGGUCGCUGCCAAAGCCAUCCACAACAUUUGCUCGGUGUGCCGGGACCACAUGGCCCAGCACUUCAGCGGUUUGCUGGAAAUUGCCCGUUCCCUCGACUCCUUCAUGGUCUCACCAGAGGCAGCUGUGGGGCUCCUGAAAGGGACCGCGUUGGUGCUGGCCAGGCUGCCCUUGGAGAAGAUCUCGGCAUGUCUCAGUGAGCUUUGUGCCGUUCAGGUGAUGGCGCUGAAAAAGCUGCUCUCUCAGGAGCCAAGCAACGGCCUCUCCUCAGACCCCACUGUGCCCCUAGAUCGCCUUGCUGUUAUAUUCAGGCAUACCAACCCUAUUGUAGAAAAUGGGCAGACCCAUCCGUGCCAAAAAGUCAUCCAGGAGAUCUGGCCAGUCCUGUCAGAGACCCUGAACAAACACCGUGCCGACAACCGCAUUGUGGAACGCUGCUGCCGGUGCCUGCGCUUUGCUGUCCGUUGCGUAGGGAAAGGGUCAGCGGCACUCUUGCAGCCGCUGGUUACACAGAUGGUGAGCGUCUACCAGGAGCACCAGCACUCCUGCUUCCUCUACCUGGGCAGCAUCCUCGUGGAUGAGUACGGGAUGGAGGAAGGCUGUCGGCAGGGGCUGCUCGAUAUGCUGCAGGCUCUGUGCGUCCCCACAUUCAGACUCAUCGAGCAACCAAACGGCCUUCAGAACCAUCCGGACACCGUGGACGACCUCUUCCGGCUGGCAACCAGGUUCAUCCAGCGCAGCCCCAUCACCCUGCUCCGCAGCCAGGUGAUCCUCCCCAUCUUGCAGUGGGCCAUCGCUGCCACCACCCUGGACCACCGCGAUGCCAACUGCAGCGUCAUGAAGUUCUUGCGUGACCUCGUCCACACGGGAGUGGCUAAUGACCACGAGGAAGACUUUGAGGCCCGGAAAGAGCUCAUAGCGCAGGUGACGACGCAGCUCGGUCAGCAGCUGGUGAGCCAGCUCUUGCAGACGAGCUGCUUCUGCCUGCCGCCGUACACCCUGCCGGACGUGGCGGAAGUGCUGUGGGAGAUCAUGCAGGUCGACAGGCCGACCUUCUGCCGCUGGCUGGAGAACUCGCUGAAGGGCUUGCCGAAGGAAACAACAGGGGGAGCCGUGCAAGUGACGCACAAGCAGCUGACAGACUUCCACAAGCAGGUCACGAGUGCUGAGGAGUGCAAACAGGUUUGCUGGGCUCUGAGGGACUUCACCAGACUGUUCCGGUAGCGUGCGCCUCCUUCACUUUGCCUGUCUCCCAGGAAUGUCUUAUUUUCAGAAGAGGAAAUAAAACUACCAAGACAGUGUGUCCCACAACCAGCAAACUUCAUUGCGGCUGAGGGCUCUGACUUGCUCUGCUGUGUCCCGCCAAUCCAGAAGAGACACUUUGCCGCAAGAACGAGUCGGUGAAGUUCCUGCUUGUGAGUGCGAGAGAGAUAAACGCGAAAAAAAAAAUCCCGGGGGGCGCGCAACUUAUCCGCGACUAUCGAUGGCUGCAACUGACCUACGGCAUCGCGGGGGGAGGGGGAGCCUGCUUUUCAGAUGGACUUGCUUUAAAAAGAGAGAGAGAGAGAAACAGACGAGAAAAACCACGUGAAGGAAAAUAGUAAUAAAAUGUUUUAAAAAACAACAAAAAUAUGAAACAAUAGAAAACUAAUUUGCCUGGCAGCAAAAAAGAUGGAAAAAAAACAAAGUAGUAAACUUUCUGUGAAAUGAAAAUAAUUACUUAAGGAUUCAUGGGGAUUAAAAAUCUAAGAAAACCCAAUAGUCUGCCCCGCGGGGGGGGGGGGGGAAUAGUCCAUUGUUUUGGUAAAGUCGCCUUCUAGAUUUCCAGAGCUCUGCCUCCCCUCCCUGAGUGCAAAAGGGAAGAUUGCUUGACGCUGGGCAGCUGCCGUGGGGCACAGAACCUUUGGGGGGCAGGAACGGGCCAACCUCCCCCCGCUGCCCGCAGAGAGGGGAAGGAGAACUUGAGCCUCUCUGCUCCCACCAGCGUCUUGCUUACUUUGAUAAACUGUUAUAUAUUAUAUAUAUUUCUUUUUUAAAAAGUUGAUUUGGGUUUUUCAAAAAAAAAAAUUGUUUAAAUUUGUUUGGAAUUUUUCUUACAGCUGGGGGGAGGGGCUCUGGAGAACGGAGGGGGCGGGCAGACUAUUUCGUUACACCAAUCUGGCAACGACUCAGGUGGGAGAAAAAGUCGCGGGACCCGUGCAGACGUUAAAGACAGGAGGGGGUGCUGUUCCGUCUGGUGUUGUAGCCAUCUCGAGAACAAGGAAAAAAACCACACGCACAAAAAAAGAAAUAAAAACAGACGAAAAGAUUAAA